AUGUCAAUAACUGUUUCAACAUGCUAACAAAUAUGUGGUUCCCCGUUGAAUAGCAGUACUGCAAAGAACUUGUGGACAUUUUCUAAAUCUGAUAGAUUUGGAAAUUUGGCUAAUCCAGUUAAUUGCGGUAAAGCAUUUUACGAUUUGCCGAGUCAGAUAGAAAAAAGAGCUGCUGGAAUUGGAAAAGGAACGAAAACCGAUUUUACAAAAGUGCCAUUUGCAACUCCUUCUCCUUAAUAAUACAACUUAUCUGGGGAUGUCGAAACAAAUCUAAAAAAAUAAAAAGGCAACAAGUUUGGGAUGAGCAGAGAAAAAAUGGCCAGCACCGGCAUCCUAGGAAACUUAAAUUUAAAAACUCCAGCUCCUGGAACCUAUGAUUUGGGAUCUACUUUAAGUGAUAUUCGAUAUUCAAUGAGAUAGAGACCUAAAACAAAUUUUAUGGUCUUAACAAGCAAAGAAAUACCAGGACCUGGAACCUAUGAAUCUUUGCCUGCAGUCAAUGCUGUUGGUAAGUACCCUAUUUCAAAAUACAACAAUUCAUGUGCGACUUUAUUCAAUCCCAAGAACUCUAGACGCUUUGUUAAAGAUUUUUCAACCAACCUUUAUGCUCCUGGACCAGGAACUUAUCCAGUUGAUAAGACAGGAAUUCAGAAAGAUGGUAAUUACUUCAUUUCUAAAUUCCAUUCCUCCAAUGUCAGAAGUUUUCCCAAAGAAUCUAGGAGAACAGGAUCUGUUGGUAAAGCAGGCACACCAGCUCCUGGUAGCUACAGAUUGCCUUCCGAAUUCGGCUACUACGAAUCCAGGCACAAAGUUAAUAGGAGUGCUGGAGAUAUGGGAGAAAAUAAAGCUUAAUAAUGAUUAUCAAAAUAACAAUUAAUGUAUACAUACACACAAAAAAUAUAUAGAUUAAAA